AUGUCUUACUUCAGGUCACGUCUUUUUAGCAUUCCAGGUGAUAGUGCCAUGGCCCAGAGAGUAUUUAAUACUAUUGGGAAGAUCGGUCUCGGGCUGGUGGCAGCCGGUGGUAUUGUUCAGUCAGCUUUAUUCAACGUUGAUGGUGGUCACCAGGCUGUGAUAUUUGACAGAUUCCGUGGUGUACAAGAACAUGUGAUUGGUGAGGGAACACAUUUUCUUAUUCCAUGGAUACAAAGACCUAUUAUUUUUGACUGCAGAUCACGACCUCGUAACAUACCUGUCAUCACAGGUAGCAAAGAUCUCCAAAAUGUCAAUAUCACAUUGAGAAUUCUUUUCCGGCCACAAAUUCCACAUUUACCAAAAAUUUUCACCAACUUAGGAUUGGAUUAUGAUGAGAGAGUCCUGCCAUCAAUUACAACUGAGGUUCUUAAAGCAAUUGUGGCCCAAUUUGAUGCUAGUGAACUGAUUACCAACCGUGAAGUUGUCUCUCAGAGAGUGUCUGAAGAACUCACGGAACGUGCUGCUACAUUUGGUUUGGUGUUGGAUGACAUCUCAUUGACUCACUUAACGUUUGGAAAAGAAUUUACAGAAGCUGUUGAGUUGAAACAAGUUGCCCAACAAGAUGCUGAAAAAGCCAGAUAUUUAGUAGAAAAAGCUGAACAAAUCCGUAAAGCAGCUGUAACAACUGCGGAAGGAGACAGCAAGGCUGCCGAGUUAUUGUCAAAAGCUUUUGUUGAUGCUGGUGAGGGUUUGAUUGAAUUGAGAAAAUUGGAGGCUGCUGAAGACAUUGCUCAACAACUUGCUCGCUCCCGCAACGUACUCUAUUUGCCCAAGGGACAACAGACCCUACUCAAUCUCCCCACGGCAUAG